AUGCCGCUUUGCGAGACCUGUGACUCUCUUGAUCUUGAGCAAGAUGAUCUUACGGAUUCUGGUAUCAAGUUAGGACCGUUCAAAGACCUGCUUACGAGAGCCGAAAAUGGCUGCGACGCAUGCGAAUUCUUCUGCAACGUGUUGCAGACGUCUACUCGAUGGACGACGAGGCUCGAUGAGCUUGCCGAGCGAGUGAUCUUUCUGGACAGUUCCCGCUUGGACGCGAGGAAGCCGACGAAGCUUGGUAACUGCACUUAUUGUGCGGACGACUUGUGUCUGGACCAGUGCGUUUCAGAAGAUUAUGAGGGCCCACUAGACGAGGAGGUCGAUCGUGUUCGUCGCAUCCCCGUCGACCUAAGGGACGAGAAGUGCUUUAGUCGAGUUCAAGCUUGGACUGCUGAAUGUGCGGCCCAUAGUACCUGUUCCAAGCCCUUGCCAGUUAAACUGCCGGAGAAUAUCAUUGAGAUCCCAGCAGAUCCUGCAGUUUCUCCCAGGCUGUGUUCGUCGAACGGUAGAUCAGGUUCUUACAUGGUUUUGAGCUACUGCUCCGGGGAUUUCGAGUCUUUGAUUCAGCGAGAGUCGGGUAAGACCGUCUUCUCGGCUCCAAUAGAUGUGCCUUCCCUGUCGAAGACUUUGGCAGACGCGAUAGAAAUCGCACGCAAGCUAGGGUAUCAAUAUCUGUGGACCCGAAGCCUUUGUACUUCCAGAGAGGAAUGGGGCAGCGAUCCGGCUCGAAUUGCAGAAAUAUACGGUCAAGCGGCUUUGAUGCUUUCAGCGGAAGUUGCGGAGGACGCAGGCUCAGGAAUUUUCCAUGGCAGACGGGUAUUCUAUUCUCCUGCACUAGGUCGCAACAAAGACAAAUACCUCCGGCGGCGACUCCUGCGGUGGGCAUCCGAUAUUGAGGAGUCACCGCUGGUGGGACGGGGAUGGGAGAUUGUCGAAAGAAUGCUAGCUCCGCGAGUUUUACAUGUCACGAGGCGUCAAUUGAUCUGGGAGUGUGCUUCUGGGUUUCAGUUCGAGGCCUCUGGAAUUGUCGACAAAAAGACAGGCUCCGGGCAAAUUCGACAACGCUACGUCAAGGGAGUCGUGCAGCCGUACAUCGACAGGCCUUUCCAAGGUCAAACAAAGGAAGCCGGUGACGUUGGGGACGAGGUGGCCAUCAGCAAGCGAGUGGCACGACUCGAGGCCUGGCAUCGGUGUGUAGACGCCUUUUCAAAGGGAUCAGUCAAUGUGCCAUCCGACAAACUACUCGCCAUGGCUCCCCUCGCAGCCGCCAUCAAUGACGGCUCUUUGGGCGAGUAUAUCGCGGGCAUUUGGAGCAGUGACAUCGCCUUCGGGCUUGGUUGGUCACGGCCCUACGGUGUUUUACGUCCAGCAAUGGAGUACAGAGCUCCAAGCUGGAGCUGGGCCAGCGUAGAUGGUGCAGUGAGCUCGUGUGCUCUGGCGUGGCCCGAGAAUCUAAUGCAGGAGCAUGCUAAGGAUCCCUCCUGGCUGAAGCAAUACCGGCCAAUACUGGUAUCUCACUACAUUACUCUUGCCGAUCCCCAACGCCCGUAUGGCUACGUCCUGGACAGAUCCCACAUCCUCGUGGAGGGUUCUUGCAUUGGAUUUAAGACACUUACCCGAAGACUACACGGCAAAGAAGCUUUUGGCCUGACUUUGGUCCUAGAUCAGUCACAGAUAUUCGAUUGUCCAUGCUGCAUUCCCAGGUCCGUUGAUACCCAAAAGGCAGAGCGGGACAAGUUCGGCAGCGAAAUCGAGCACUAUUUUUGUAUGGUUAUACAAGGGGACGCAUGGCGGGUAGAGGAAGGCUGGAGUCCCCAUCGUGGAUUUUGCGAUCUUCUCAUUCUAAAACCUUUGGACGAAGCGGAGGUUCUCAUGAGAGUAGGAUUUCUGCGGAUUUCUGUUAGAUCAUCGACUGAUCCACAUACGGCCUUUGAUGCGCUGCCCUGGGAAAGACGGAAGUUGAAACUGGUCUGA